UUUUUGGUGAGUUGGUCACCUGAUGAGUGAUGUACAGAAGAAACAAGAGCAGUUCAAAGUCAAACUGUUUCCUUUCGACGUUUCGUGUGAUGUGGCGAGUGGCAGUUCAGGUCAACAGUUUUGUUUUUUCUGAAACAAGUAACUUUGAAGACUAUUAUAAAGUUCCUUCGAAAGCCAAUAGAUACUGAUUGUGCCUAACGGCUUUGUUCAUCAGCACGAUAGAAUUACCCAAGAUUUAGUAAUCGUGUCAUCGUGACAAGGAAGACAUGGAUGAAGUAGACAAUAUUAUUGUUGUCAGCUUGAGGCAAAUUGGCUGUGCCAUCGAUGAAAACACUAUUAGCCUUACUACAUUCAGCACAGAUCAAGUUGUAGAAGGAUGCGCCAGGUGUUUGAAGCUGAUCGAUGAGUCGAUUGAGCUUCCCACUCGCUUGCCUGAGAGCAUGUCCGUUCGCUUUCGUGUCGGCACCGCUCUGGCCAAUGCUUGCAAGAAAGUGGGAUUUGAAGGCGAGGUUGGUUACCAGACCUUUCUCUACUCCAAUGUGGCCGACAUCCGUCGAGUGUUCAUGUUUCUCUUGGAAAAGCUGCCACGGGAAUCUGGAGAUGCAGAAGACUCCUCUAAAUCUGGUGCGCACCUUUACCACCGCAUAACCACUGUUCUUGCUCGGGAAAGGUCGAGAGUAUGGACGCCACUGUUCUGCAAGGAGCAGGGCUUGGUGUCUCAUGAUGAUGGCAGCAUUACAUGGGAGGGAAAUCAAGGAAUUCGUCCCCACAUGGCAGUGCCUGUAGCCGCACCCAGUGGCUUGGCAGAGCUAGGCAAACGCACGAACAAAGACCUUUGCCAUUACUAUCGCAAUCACCUUCCCUUUGUCACCGCUCAGCCGCAGCAACGUCACCAAGUAGCUGCAUCAUUGCUUGAGCGUAGUACCAUGGAAGUGACGGCUGCUGCAGAGUGGGAGCACGAGUGGAAUACGAACGGCUUGCCAUCUCGUCUUUCUGAGCAGGAGUACCGUCAGCGCAAACGAGAGCGCCUGCACAAGCGCCUGACUGACAACAUACGCGGCAGUGUGCUGACCAGUGGUGUGUCCACCUUGCUGCGCGGCAGUCUUGCCGAGCUGCUCGACUCGUUUUCCUCGGACUCCCAUGGCGCUGAUUCGCAGGGAUCGCGUUUCAGCCAUGCAAAGAACCUGCAGUUCACACAGGCUGAUGUCAGCAGUCAAGUGGCAGCCACAGCCGCUGCGCCAGCGGCGGAAACACAAGAGGAAAUCAAGCAGCGUCGUGAAGAUGAGCUGACUGCACUGCGCUCUAAGCUGGAUGCUGCCAGUGAAGCUGUGCUAACCAUGGAGGGUGAUAUGCAGAAGUUCUCUACUAGCAUGAGCAAGGUGGAGGAACAGAGCAAGACUCUGGUAGAGGCCAAUAGUACCGGCAAGGACGAGUACAAGCUGAAGAAACGAGCAUUGGAAAUGCUCUCCAAUGUGGACGAGAAUCUAGGCCAAUUGCAGGGUUUGGUGGAUGCAGCCUCACAGCGUCUUGUCACUCUGGCCGAGCAGUGGGAGAAGCAUCGGCAGCCACUGAUCGCGCAGCAUCGCGCACUCAAGAGUGCCCAGUCUGAGCUUUCGGGUGAUACGAAGAUGAUGCUGGAGGAGAUACCACACAUACGUCAGCGUAUCAAGGAGCUGAUGGAAGACGGUCGCGCCAAGGAGUAUCUGAAUAAGCAGCUGUCGGAGGAACUCGGUCAGCUGAACAAGACCCUGAAUCGAUCUGCGUAUACCCGCCGCAUUAUGGAGAUCAUCAACAAUAUCAAGAAGCAGAAGGAUGAAGUCCAAAAGAUUCUGUCGGACACUCGUCAACUGCAAAAGGACAUAAACUACCUUGAAGGAGAGCUAGAACGUGCAUUUGCUGUUGCAGAUGAAGUCAUAUUUGUUGAUUGUAAGAAACAUGAGAUCAACCGGCAGAUUUACAAGCUGCUUGCUAAGUUGCAUGAGACUUUCUCUGGCCUACUGGAGGCUAUUCGUGAGACUGCCAUCGUUGUCCGUGAGAACCGAGAGCUUGAAGAUCAGAUUGAGAAAGAGGAGAAGAAAGGCAUGUCGCAGAACUUGCAGCGGAUUGAGUCCGAUUGCAACGCCAUGCGGCAGGAGAAUCGCGUGCUCAUAAACCAGUACAAGGUGGCAGAGUAGACAGCAUUUAAGGCUGCUCCGGUUGUUGCUUUGCAACUGGUUCACUUCAGAGACGUGCUAGCAACCCAGGAUCAUUCUUACCAUACUAUCACAGUGUGCACAGUUACUGAUCACACACACGUGCUGAUCCCUUAUAUGGUCGGGUAUCCCAGCAGCGGACGAGAUUGCCUGCAGUACUCUGUUUGUUUUCUUGUUCAUCUUGAACAUGCUGUUUGUUACGACCUGGUACUUUGCCAUGAUCUUCACUACACUCAGCCAGUUCUAGUACUCUACUUCUGUCCAGUAAACCCUAGGGUUUACCGGGUGUUAGCAGCCGUCGUGAGUUCCCUUCGGGAACGGACACGAUAAUUUACUCACUUUUUUUUACUUCUGUCCAGUGAUUGAGUGUCAUCGACCUGCAACUGCAAGUUUUGCCGAUGCUGCUGACAUCUACCCCAUUUCUAAUCUUGCUGCCUUUUAAUUUGUUUGCGCUUUUGGUCAUCUGUUAUAGUUUCGUUUUUUUGUUUGCACGGUCAUGCUGCCAAUACUGGCAGUUGGUCCGGUGCAUUUGCCUUGCCUGGUGUCUUGCACCACCAUGCGAGUUUGUGCGGAUUGGAUUCAUGUGAACGUGAAUUUACAGUACAGUCUCAGAGAUUCA